GCCGCAGCCGCUGCCGCUCAGCCAGGCAAGCUGCCUCCUCUCCUCUCUCACCCCGCUCUCCCUUCUCAAGGCCGGGAGAGAAAAAGAAGGCACGACGAGAGAUAAACCCCGGAUCCCCAAAAUCAGAGCCCGAAAGUAGAAAAACCGAAGCGGCACAUACACAAUAGGCCGCCGCCGCCACCGCGCUGCAGAAAAGAAAGCCGAGCAGUCGCAGCGCAAGGGGGAGGGGAAUCGCCUGUCGCCGCGGUGGGUUGGUGGGUGCCGUCGCCUCCUAUUCCCAACCCCGUCCCCCGUUACCACACCUCGCUUCGAUGCCCCUCUCGCUUCUUCCCCACUCCACGCGCCGAUCCGCCAGCCAAGAAAGCACGAGGCGAUCCAAUUGAGGAGGAGGCGAGGUAUCCGUGGUGACUCUGCCGGUAGCUGCACCCCCUCUUUUAUCGUCCUAGCCACCAAACCUGGCCACGCUGCCGCUGGACGACGCCAUCGCCCGCCUGCACGGCGUCUUGGGGUGGUCGAAGAACCACAGCCGCGGUCGGCCCGGCGCCAGAAAGCGGUGGCCGCGCGCCCGGGGCGGCGCGAUGCUGUGGGCGGCGCGCGCGUCCGGCUUCUUCUCCGCCGCUCUGCUGAUGGUGGUGCUGUCGCCGUCGCUGCAGUCCUUCCCGCCCGCCGAGGCCAUCCGGUCGUCGCAGUUCGACAGCCACGUCCGCUUCCCCGGCCAGAUCGCCGGCGGCGCCAGGGGGGGCCUCGCCUUCCGCCGCGCGCCGUCCUUCCGCAAUGCCGCCGACUGCGGCAACGGCACCGGCAAUGUCUGCGACCCCUCGCUCGUCCACAUCGCGAUUACCCUGGAUGAGGGCUACCUGAGGGGCUCGGUCGCCGCGGUCCACUCCGUUGUGCAGCACGCCAUGUGCCCAGAGAGCGUCUUCUUCCACUUCCUCGUCUCCGACCCGAGCCUGGGCGACCUCGUCCGCGCCGUGUUCCCGCAGCUCCGGUUCAAGGUCUACUACUUCGAUCCGGAGCGCGUCAGGGGUCUCAUCUCGUCGUCGGUGAGGCAGGCGCUGGAGCAGCCGCUCAACUACGCCCGCAACUACCUCGCCGACCUCCUCGAGCCCUGCGUGCGGCGGGUCAUCUACCUGGACUCGGACCUCGUCCUCGUCGACGACGUCGCCAAGCUCUGGCGCACCGACCUCGCCGGCCGCACCGUCGGCGCGCCGGAAUACUGCCACGCUAACUUCACCAAGUACUUCACCGACCGGUUCUGGUCGGAGAAGAGGUUCUCCGGGACGUUCGCCGGUCGGCGGCCGUGCUACUUCAACACUGGCGUCAUGGUGCUCGACCUCGCGCGGUGGCGGCACGAGGGAUACACGCGGCACAUCGAGCGGUGGAUGGAGAUACAGAAGUCGCCGCCUGGGCGCAUCUACGAGCUGGGGUCUCUGCCGCCCUUCUUGCUGGUGUUCGCGGGGCACGUGGCGCCGAUCGAACACCGGUGGAACCAGCACGGCCUCGGCGGCGACAAUAUCUUGGGCAGCUGCCGCGACCUCCACCCGGGGCCGGUGAGCCUGCUGCAUUGGUCGGGCUCCGGCAAGCCGUGGGCGCGGCUCGGCGCCGGCCGGCCGUGCCCGCUCGACGCGCUCUGGGCACCCUUCGACCUGUACGGCCCCGCCGCCGUGGAGUCGUCCCGGUAACCGCAAACACUACAGAAAAAAUUCUUUUCCUUCUUUUCGCCGACCCGUAUAAAUCCUGAGCUCUAAUUCUUGGUCACCGUUACAUGUUCAAUCCUAUAUGUUUUUCCUUCUCUUUCUCGUUCUUUUUCCUCCUUCUUUCUGUUCAAUCAAAAUGUCUUGUGUUAGAUUGUUCGUUGUUCGUACCUAGUUAUAUCACAUAUUUUUGAUCGUUUUGUCAUACUACAAAAGAGGUCAUCUGUAUCAUACACUUCUCUUCAGAGUUGCAGCCUCAUCAUCAUAAAUAAAAGGAGCACACACACAGAGAGAGAAAUAAACUUUGCA